GCUCUCUCCGUGCACUGAGUCUCCUAGUGGCAGUGUAUUACAACGGCAGUUCGAACUUGAGAAUCGCCUGGAGACUCGCUGUAUAUGUCGUGCUUGGGUCCAGCUGAAGAGCUGCGGCAAUUUCUCAUGCGUCACUCGGUCUUGCGUCUGUAAUCCCACCCGACUGUCGAUUUGCAUCGUUUGUGAAAUUUAAGCGAGAAUUACCGACAUGGGGAGAGCUUCACCGAGUGAGAAUGAGAGCGAGGAGGAGAGCGGGGAAGAGAGCCCGGUCUCGGAGGAGGAGAAUGGGUUAAGUGGGAGCGAGGAGAACUCGGAGGAUUCAGAUUCCGACGCUGAGGGAGGAAUUCAAGAGCAAGUUGCAGAUGUUCCGUUCGAGGAUCUUCAAAAAUUAAAAUCCGAUGGUCGAACUACUCUCUUUUCUCGAAGCAAGCAAAAGGUGGACACAAAGCGGGCUAACAAAAAUAGACCGAUGGAAGUUACGAGCAAAAGACCUGUCGGAAGGUUCAGGGAAGUGAUACAAGCACCAAAACGUGUCAUUCGGGAUCCACGUUUUGAGUCCCUUUGUGGCAACUUCGAUGAAAGCAGGUUCAAGACAUCAUACAGUUUUCUGUACGAAAAUGAACUCCCAGCCGAACGUGAGAGGCUACGGGCUCUUAUCAAGAAAGGAAAAGCAGAUGAGGAAGCUAAGCGUCACAUUGAGUGGAUUGACAAGCAACUGAAAGAAGAGGAACAGAGGAAGAAACAAGCAUCCAAAGCAUCAGAACAGAAAGCAGUAGUAAAGCAAGCCGUGAAGGAGGGAAAGAAGCCCUACUUCCCGAAAAAAUCUGAGUUGAAAAAGCAAGAACUGGUCGAGAAGUACAAGGAGUUAAAGUCAAGUGGGAAGCUGGAGAAAUUCAUGGCCAAGCGUCGCAAGAAGAAUGCUGCCAAGGAUCACAGAUUUGUGCCGUACAGGCGAAGUGUUAACCAAUCUGAAUAGUUAGUUUCACGGUCCAUAUCACCCAAGAAGAUUCAAAGUCAUUGUAGUCACUUAGACUUAGUCAAUUAGAUAUGUAACAAGUUUAGUCAGAAUCGCGGACGCAGUUAUGAUGAGGAGGGGGUGGAGGGGCGCGGAGAUUUUCAAUCUGUACAUUACAGAUGAAAAUGAGACCAAGACGUAGGUAGAAUCAGCAUUUCAACAAUUUUCCUGCAUCCAGAGUGGAUGACCGAAAUGUUGUCAUUUCUUUAGAACACCUGUUCGAAUAAUAUUUAAAAAAUCAAGCCUUUAUCAUCCACCGGGAGACCAGUGUUUGUUGUUAAACUUCCACCCUGUGGAGAUCAAUCCAUAUUUAUCAAAUCAAAGUUUCUGUUCACUUGACGUAAUUAUCAAAGUGGUUAGCGUGAUUGCUCAGUUUUUAUCCUCCUCUAUCACGAAGAGAACAUCAGGACUUCGUGAUGGGAACAUGAUAUUUCUCAGCACUCCUAUCUGGUAUCGAAGUUGCAGCUUACUGAAUUUUUUUGAAGAAUGGAACCGGAGAUUUUCAGCUCAGAAUACUUCUAGUGACUCUUAGGAAUGACUAGACAUCGGCAUUAGCAUGCAGUUGGCCAAGCAAUGGAAACCCAGCAGAAUACCAAUGUGGAUGCAGUACAUUAGGGUCGUCCAAGAUGGAUGUUGUUGAUCCAGUCAGGCCUCUUUACGGUCAGUCUCGUUUUGGGCGGUUUAGGGGGAGCAACGAACUGAAUCCGCGCAUGUGAUUCGCUUCUCUCUCGCCUGGGUAUAAUCGGAGGUGAAGAGACUCUCCAAGGUGUCAGAAUUGAAUCCCAAGCUCUCAUUUUCUCCACAGUUUCGACGGGGCUUCCUCUUUGCGCCUCCCAAGUCUGGUCAUGUUGGUAGUUACCUAGGGAGUGAAGAGCGCGUAAUCGUAUUUUUUGUUGUUCCAGUGUCGGUUUGUCACGAA